UGCUAAAAACAUGAUAUUUUUUAUAAUAACGGAAAAAUUUUAUAAUAUCUUACGUAAAUUCUGAAUAUGUCUGUACAGAAAAUUUCGAGAGCUUAAUCGAUUUUUUGAUCGGAAAACAACUUCAAAGUUAAGAUCCGAGUCGAAAUUUUAAAAGUGUUAUAUUAAAAAUUAUACGUAAAUUAUUCAUCGAAAUUGGAUCACUGGGGCAUUUUUAAAUUACAGAAUAUUAAGCGGCGUUAACACAAUUUUGGUGAAACAUGUUCAAAAGCAGAUGGGUUCGCAGAAGGAGUUCUAUUAAGGAUAGCGAUUUUUUUGCUUUAAGUCUUCGUAUUGCAGCGAUCAAGAAGUCACGACCACCGGACGAUUUUAUCAAUGGAGAUGCACCUAUAGUGUGGGAAAGAAUGUCGAACGGUUACAGAAUCGUUGAUCUUCAGUUAAACAAAUUUAUGCAGGCGUUGCAUUUUGUACUAGUACAUCGCUGAACGAAAUACAGUUUAUUACAGUUUAAAAGAUGAUAGAUAUUUUUUAGAUAUUUUUAGAAUAUCUAUAAAUUUCCAUACAAUCGUUUAUCAUUUAAAUUCUAUUCGUUAUCAUAGACAGAAAUAAUUAUGUUUAAUUAUUGUAAAACAUUUGAGGGAGCAUUUCAAAGGUAUUAUUCACGAUGAUUCAAAUUGACAAAUAUAUUGAAAUUAAACAUGUUUCAGGCUUACUACUCUAAUUCGGAACCAUUGUUCAAAUGUAUCAAAUUGUGCGACGAUGCAACGUCUAUGAAGACGUUCAUGAACAUGGUCUUCAAACAGAUGGAAGGCAUGAUUGGUUUCUGUGCAAUUAGGGAAGGAAGCAACGAACUCGUCGGUGUGCUCAUUGCUUCUCUGUUCAAAAAAUUUAAUUGGAUAAUUAAGAAAGGGCAAGGAGAGACACUGUGUCACGUGAUGAGCUUGAAAAAUUACGCUUUUGCCAAAUCUCGAUUCAUAGAAUCGAUAUAUAUAAAUAAAUCUGUGCACAUUGAUAUCAUUUGCGUAAAGCCUGAUCAUCAGAGGCGUGGCGUUGGUACCGCGUUACUUCGCUCUUGCAUUACUCGAGUGAGUAACUUUACGUCCAUUAUUUUCGGUCAAUUCACUUCGAGUGCUGCUCAAACGAUCGCUAAAAGAUUGAAUUUUGAUAUUAUCGAUGAAAUACCGUAUAAGAACUUAUCCCUGCAGAAUAUUAGAUUCGAAAUUUUUGAAAGUUGUCAUCCGGAAAAUUAUUCCAUAGCUCACAUGAUGUUAAAAAUAAUACCAAUCUUAAAAAUAUCGGCUCAUGUCUUGGAAGCGAGAAUGAUAUCUGAAGAAAAAAUUAAGUUAGACUUGAAACAAAAGAUCGACUCUCCAAAAAAAAAGAAAAAGAGAAUACAUGUGGUAUAUUAAAAAUAAAAAUAUACAUAGGUAUGCAUAUUUAUAUUAUUUAAAUGUCUAAUAUACAUAACACUAAUUCUUUUUUAUCUUGACAUUUUUAUCGAUAUCAUUUACAUUUCGCGAUCGAACGUGCUGGCAAACAAUGCUUCAGUGAAGAUAUAGAAAUAUAAUCCUUUCAACUAUAAACAUACUAAGAUUACAGUGCAAAAAAUGAAUAAUAUCUUUUUUUUUUUAACCUUGUAUGAU